GGUUGGAGAAAAACAAACGUGUUUACUAUUGCAUGCGGUAUUUCGCAUGUGGUGCCGGCUAGAAAAUGUUUCCACAACUGAAAACGGAAAUAAAACAAGAAAAGCUGAGCUUUUCCGAUGUUGAGGACACAAACUCGGAAGCGGACGAUGAAAGGGCAGUCAACAAAACUAUAUCUCAUAACAUCAAGCAAGAGAAAUUAAGUGGUUCUGAGAGCGAAGAGGACCAAGAAAGGGGCAUGCACAUCGAAACGAAGGCUCCAGCAAUCAAACGGGAGAAAGCUUCUGAUCACGAGGACGAUUUUCCAGACGAUGCAAAUAAUAGCCUUUCCGCAGACGACGAAAACAACUUGGACAGUACUAUUAAAGAAAAGCAUCUUUUGACGCUGUUAAAACACUGUCAGAAAUCCGCCUUUAGCAACGAGAUGGAGACAAAGCUACGGGAUUAUUUAAAACAGUUUCCCAACGUUGGACCUAUUGCAGGGGCCCGAAAUGUCGAGCUAGAUCUUACCGACCCUGACGAAGAAGCGUGGGUUAUUCAGUGUCCUGCUAGUGUUGAUCCUUGUAGCGUGUUGUUAAACACAAAGCUCAAUCUUUCGUUGCCGCGUUCGCUCAUUAAAAAGUGUCCGAUGGCCCUCGAAACGAACGUUCGUACCAAUCUGGCAGAAGACGUGAUCAGUGUGCUAUCCGGUUCGAGAGUAAAAUCGUUCAUUCCAACCGGUUUUGUGCGAAUCAUUGAAACACUACCGAGAAUCACCGAACCACAAAUGCCAACAGAAGUCAACUCGUGCGGUCAAGUACAGGUACCUUUUCCCGAAGAACUUCGCGUGCGACAUCCGUUGCUGGGUUACGAUUAUCAGGCGGCCCUAGAAGUGCCCAAACAAGUACAAAAGCGUCUUUCGACCGCACAGCAGAAAUCAGAUCUUUUGUACAGUUCUUCGAGCUCAUCAAUUACGUCGAAAAAAACAAAAAAGACAACCGUUAAACUUGAACCCGGCGUAGAGAUGGAUUCCAACGAUCACUCUUUAGUUGCAGAUAAAAAGAAAAAACGAAAAGAAAUUAAAAAAGAACCAACUGAUGAAAUUUUAUCUCCCCCAUUGAAGAAACGGCAGCGAAAAAACGUAGAAAAUGAAGUACAGAGCAGUUUGAUCAUCAAAACAGAGUCGCAGAAUGAAGCUGAGGAGGACGAUAUAUCGUGGUUAUUAAACAUUUAAUAAAGCAUCUCUAAAGCUAAUUAGACUUUUUUGAUACG